UGCAGCGAGGGGAGGGAGGUAAACAAGAUGGCGGCAGCCUUGAAGCAGCAGCAGCUGUGAAGAACAGAUGCGAGAAAAUAAACGAAUGAAGAGCAGAAACGCGAGUCUCUGAGUCUUCGAGCCGUGCUGAUGAUUGCAGCCUCAGGUAUGUUGGAUCUUGGUCAUGGAUUUCCAGUAAUGCAGAAGUCAAAGUAAUCCUCACCAAAGAGAGCGAAAGGAUGCGAGGUUUGCGUGUUUGUUUUUGCGUGUUUCUGCAGAGAUGUGCAGAGCUCCAGUGAUUCCCAGCGUCAGCUGAUAAAGCCUCAACGCCAGCAGCGGAUUCUCAAAGACUCGUUGAGACGCGGUUUGUUUCUGGUGAUUGUUCGGAUCUGUUCGUUUCACUGAGCGAUGCUUCUGCUGCGGUUUAACCGGCGUUCUACUGACUGAUCUUCCCAAUCUCAACUGCUCCUCCGUUGCUUCGGAAAACAAAUAUUCCCAGUGACAGAGCGCGGGAUCGGCGGAGGGAGAGCGAGAGGCCUGGAAAGAUGAGUUUAGGUGGAGAGCUCCAGCAUCUGGACUACCUGACGGAGAACGAGCUCAUGGACACCUUCAUCCACCGCAUCGACUCCACCGAGGUCAUCUACCAGCCCCGACGCUAUUUUAACAAGGAGAUUCAGCUGCUGAGACGACUACAGCACAAAAACGUCAUCCAGCUGGUGGAUGUGCUGUACAACGAAGAGAAGCAGAAAAUGUAUAUGGUGAUGGAGUACUGUGUCUGUGGAAUGCAGGAAAUGUUGGACAGCGUUCCAGAGAAGAGAUUUCCAGUAUUUCAAGCUCACGGAUACUUUUGCCAGCUCCUGGAUGGUCUUGAAUACUUGCACAGCCAGGGAAUUGUACACAAAGAUAUUAAACCAGGGAAUUUGCUGCUCACUACAGACGGGGCGCUGAAGAUCUCUGACUUGGGUGUAGCCGAGGCGCUCCACCCAUUUGCGGAGGACGACACGUGUCGGACGAGUCAGGGGUCGCCAGCGUUCCAGCCUCCAGAGAUCGCCAACGGCCUGGACACGUUUUCAGGCUUCAAGGUGGACAUCUGGUCUGCUGGGGUCACACUAUACAACAUAACCACGAGCCUGUACCCGUUUGAGGGGGACAACAUCUAUAAGCUAUUCGAGAACAUUGGGAAGGGUGACUACACUGUUCCUGAGGAGUGCGGCCCGCUGCUCUCGGACCUGCUGAGAGGGAUGCUGGAAUAUGAUCCUGUGAAGAGGUUUUCAAUACAGCACAUCAGACAACACAACUGGGUGCGUAAGAAACACCCACCCUCGGAGCCUCCCGUGCCCAUCCCGCCCAGCGCAGAGACGCGUGACCCGUGGCGCAGCAUGACGGUGGUGCCAUACCUGGAGGAUCUCCACGGUUACGCUGAGGAGGAGGAGGAGGAUGACGAGCUGUUCGACGGGGAGGAUGACAUCAUAUACACUCAGGACUUCACCGUACCAGGGCAGGUCCCGGAGGAUGAGGAGGAUGAGGAAGAAGAGCGCGCUCCGGAGCGCACCUGUGCCGUGGCCAAACCGGUGUGUGUGAACGGGACAGAGUCGACUGCACUCAAGCCCAAAUCCGAGCGGCGCUCCAGCUCUUCCUCCAAUCCCUCCAGAAAAGGCAUCUCCGCUGCCAGCAAGAUCCGCAAGCUUUCCACCUGCAAGCAGCAAUGACCCGGUGCUGCGCUGCACACCUGCGCUCCUCUGUACAGGUUUAUGUCGUUUCCCAGCAGUCAGUUCUAAACGCUGUUUUUUUCGACGCACAUUUCUGCGGUGGUGAUGAACUCAAACACAGUGCCAGGACUGACUUUACUUGAGAAUGCUGUUAAAGAGUGGAGACGUUUCCCACAAUCCUCCUCCGUGGCUGAGGAUCAUCCAUUCGGUUUCUCUGGCGCUCUCGGAUCGGACCCGACCUUCCGUUUAGUUUUAAACCUUCGUCUUUUAAUUUAAAGUCAUUACCUGCCGUUAAAGAUGCAGAUGGUUUGAUGUAAAGAAUGACACAGAGAUCAGUUACUGUAGAGAAAUAUGCUGCAGAUGAUGAUGUUAAAACUAAACUGCAUGCUGUGAUGUGGACGGAGAGUUUGGACGUCUGGGUUCAUUUUCCCUAUUUGGUUUGUUUUUCCCGUUAAAUAUUUUUUAAGUAUUAUUUAUAUAAAACACAUCCCAACUGAAGCUGAGCUCGUGGUCUUUAUUUGCAUGCGUUUCGUUGGAAAAAAGGGCUUUCACUGCGAG